AAACCCCAGGCAAGAGGAUGGCCGAUCCAAGGAAUAACCUUCCACCCCACUCGAGCCAGGGCACCUCGAAGCCCCCAAAUUAUGGCUUCUUGGACCCAAGUGCUAUGGCCGACCCUCAAUUUGUUGCUUUUCUACAAGCUUCGUAUGCUGCCCAAGUUGCCCAAGCUGCCCAACCUGCAUAUUUUUCAGCACCCGCGUAUAUAGACCUUGAGUCGUCCCCAGCUUCAUGGCCACCACGCGCUACCAGCCUCGCCGCUUUGCAUGCUCAGCUGCGUCCACCCAUUGGCAUCCCCGCCAUGCCACCUACUCCAAACUUUGACAACAGCCCUACCCAAGUCAAAAGUCGAACCAGCAACUUCACAAUUGCUGAGGACAAAGCUAUAUGUUCUGCCUUCAUAAAUGUGUCCAAAGAUCCCAUUGUCGGUGUGAAUCAGAGUAGUGAAGCUUAUUGGGACCGUGUGCACAAGUUCCUAUAUUCAAACACCCCAGUAGAGAGACAGAGGCCGGCACAGUCCAUCCGGAAGCGCUGGGGAACUAUCCAAAAAGAUACUGCAAGGUUUUGUUUCUACAAAGCCGAACAAGACAGGAAAAAUCAAUCCGGCAAGACGGAAGAAGAUAGGAUUGAAGAUGCGAAGAAGCAGUACCAUGCCCUUGUUGGGAAGCCAUUCGCAUUCAUGCAUUGCUGGGAAUCACUUCAUGGCCAAAGGAAGUGGCUGGACCUUGUGGGGGCAAAAGGAAAAGACGCGGACAACAAUGGUGAAGAGUCAACACCUGAUCUUGUAGACCUUGGCUUCCCUGAAGAAGAUGCAAAUGACAGUCGUCCAAUUGGCCGAGAUUCUGCGAAGAAGAGAAGGAGCAGUGACCUGCAGUCAUCUUCUACAGCUUCCGCUUACGUGGAAGUCCUUCAAAAAAUGACAGACCACAAAGGAAAACAAAUUGUGGCGGAGGUGGAGUGGGCUACUGCUUUCAACGAUCGCGAAGAUCGGAAGCUCACUUUGGAAGAGAAGAAAAGGGAAGAUGGGAUCAUGAAAAUGGAUCUAUCUGCGCUCGAUCCAUAUCAGCGGAGGUACUUUCGUCGGGAGAUCAAGGCGAUCCUUGCAAGGACACGUGCUGACGACGAUGAGCAGGAAAUGGACGAUGACUUUGGCGCUUGAAGCCACGUACCUUCUGCUGCCUACUUCGUCCGCAAUGGUUGUUUCAAUUUUAUGUAGUCUUGUACUGUAUGACCUAAUAAAAGGUGUUGCCGUGAGUAGAGAAACAUCAUUUUUUAUGUAUUGUACACUGUCCGAAACUUUUACGUGAGCUUGUUCUGUAUUGUUUAGGAAAAACUUUCGUAACGGUUGAUGUGUAGCAA